CUUAAAUUCGAGUGCCAAAAAAUCGAAGGCUCCAGCUCCACCACCGAGAGCCAAAGCAACUCCCGUCACGCCUGUACCGACGCCCUCGCCGAGAGCGCUGACCCGGUCCACGCUUGAUCUUCUGCGCGAUAAUGAUGUCGCCAUCUCGGAGACGGAUUCCAACUUUAGCAGCGAACCAGACGACACGCAACGCAACAGAGAAUCGCGAUUGAAUGCCGUCAAUGGAAGCAUCCAUCGGGCACCACCGACCACGGCUCAUCAGAACGUAUCGAAAGUGAUGCUUAACGUGGAGGACGCACCGAGUAGCAUAGUAUCCCUCGAAGCGCCCCUGGCGAAUGCUCCCGGUGGCGAAAAGAAGCAUCAGAAGAACAGUUCAACAUCCUCGGUCUCGAUCAAAAUUGGUGGACCGGAACAGGUGCCGGUAGCAGCACAGAAGGUCCUUCCCAAACCGACCACUCCGAUCGUGUCGAAAGUGCAGAUCGGUAACGGCAGUCAGCCGGCAAAGACACCACCGUCCCCAGGGGAUAACAGCUCCGAUGAAGAGAUUAAGAUCUACAAUAUUGAGUCCGGUAAAGCACUGAUCAAGAAGAAGGGGCCACCGGUGGACGAGAAGAAACAGGAGAUGGUUUCAAAGCCCACCAACAGUGUACCGGGCUCGAAUGGUGAAGGACCAACAGCUGAUGAGGAGCAGUGGACGUACAAACUUCCAGCUCCACCCAAGUUCGCCGACUCUUCGAUUAAAGCGAACGAUUACGAUGAACGGCAGCAGUUCUAUCGUCCAGCGUCAACCUUCAUCGAUAACACGACGCUCCGGAGCGAUAUGCUAACCGUCGUGUCCGAUGAAACCGAACGCAUUGAACCGUUCAUACAGGAACGCUUGCAGUCGCUGGAGCUGAAUCUACCAUCUGAGCUACGACCGGAAGUUGAAAGCCCGACAAGCGUGUCAACCGAUUCCACCACGCACGUGUCGGAUAUCGGCGAAGGUCCUCAACUGAUAAGCUCCGACGUUGAAGAUGGUUAUCGUGUUCGAGCGGGCGAUGAAGUGAAUCACAAGUCACCCAAACCAACGAAGCAGAUUGUGAGCGAUCUACAAGCGACGAAAACCACCACGGUUAAUGUCACGCAUGAGGCACGCGAGGUGUGGUUACAAACGCUCGAGAAACGUCGGGAGAAGAUCAUCGAAGGUGAGCUCGCUACGCUGAGUGAGUCGAUCGGCGGCAAACAGAUCACCGUUACGACCCCUCCAGUAGGACCACCGGCAGAAGCAGUUAACGAACGAAAGAGUAGCGUGAUGAACGAGCUGAACCAGCUGUUGCGUGAUGGGGUCGAGUUGAACCACAAAGAGGACGCAGAUAUUGUGGCCGCCAAUCGGAGCAGUUUGGCCAACUUCAAGAUAUCGACCUACAGCUCGGAGAACAAGGAGAACAUUGUCACCAGCACCACAAUAACAAGCACAACGAGCAAAGUUAUCGAAGGCCAAGAAGAUAUUUCAAUGACGAGGAUCACUUCCGCUGCCGUCGUAGAGAAACAGGUGGUCAACGAGAAAGUGUCCAAGCCUGUGGUGAAUGGUGACGGCCAGGAGGAGAACGAUGGAAUCAACGCUCGUCGUAAAACGUCCCUGGAUGCUGUGGGCCGCAAGGCACAUUCGUUGACACAAAGCAGCGAUGAAGAUGAUCAGGCGAUCAAUCGCCAAAGCAAUGGCUAUCACGGUGGAGGCGCCAAGAAAGAGCUGGCACCGGUUAAGCGGCGCAGUCUUACCAUGCUCAACAAGAGCCCUCGCGUCAUCAAUCGUUCCGAUUCGUUCCAUUCUACGCGCUCGGAUUACAUUCAAGCGCUAAACUCGCCGGUUAACCAAGCGGUCCCUACCUCGAAGCUACAGCUGACCCCACGGAGCACCUCAUACAUUUCGUUAAUCGGUGCUCAACGGUGGGAGAACCGUUCAGCACUGGGAGUGACGGGCGGUGCGACAUCAUUCAACCGCCGUAAGUCGGCCAGUGAGCUCAGCAUCUGUGACUCACCGUCACUCCAGAGCCUGGAAGUGAUCAAAAACAUUCUAAACACAUCGCGCAAGAACAGCAUUAACAAUCUACAUCACACAGCCAGCAGUGCCGUAGAGCAGCGUGCCACGCUGAAUGAGGAAAUUGUACUGCCCUCCAUGGCUGCAAUCAAGCGUAACAGCUUCACGGACAUCUCGACGCUUGGGCAGCUGAACGGAAAGUUGGUACAGCUGAAUGGUGUUGGCGGUGCAACUGGAUCGAUCCGCAAGGAUAGCAUCGAGGAAGUGAAAGUGGAGCAGGAGGAGGAACAUGAGAAACCGGUUGAACCGUCGAAGGUUGACGAAGCUAAGGUUCAGAUUGAGCGGACGGUCGAGGUACGCAUCGAAAAGCUCAUCGUCGAGGAGCAGCACAAAGAGGAGAAGCUGGAGAAAAGAAUCGAAGAACCGAAGGAAUUAAAGAAGGAGUUAUCGAAAGAGAAGCCUGUCGAUGCGCAGCCGACUAUCCUGAUGGAGGAUCUGACCAGCGAAUCAAAGAGUGAUGAUGAGAAGCUGCAAAACAAACAACACCAGCAGCAGAGUGCCAAGGAACCGCAAACGAGCGUUGUCAGCAUCACGACGACCAGCACGGUCGUCAGUAGCACCAACGAUAGCAAACCGUCGAAUGAUACCGAUACGAAGAAGUGGACAUAUCAAGGUCCACCGACAAUCAGCUUUGCGACAUGGAACGAGCGUCCAAAGAUCGAUGUGUCGAUCAAAUCCGAUCGCGACUAUCGCUUUGGUGGCAGCUCAACCCUUCCACGUGGUUUCCGGAACGUGAACAACGUAAGCAGCACAAAGAUCAGCAUCGGACCGGGCGGGAGCUCCACGACCCACACAACGACGACGAUGACCACAAUGAGCGCCUCGGAGACGGCGUCCGUGCGCCAUACUAUUCACGAAGUGGAACCAGCAGCGCAACCGAGCGAGCGAUUCGUUGAACCAUCUCCAAGCUCCACCAUGAAUGUGCCAUUGACGGUGUCUCAGGAACGCCCAGAACAGGUGUCCAGUGGCGUGGUCAACCCGAAGCCCUUCACGAGUCCACCAUCGAAGCCCGCUGCUUCCGGUAGCUCACUGACGACGAUCAACAGUACGCCUACCCCAUCACCACCACCCGGUGAACGGCUGCCCAUCGUCCGGGCCGUCGAGUACAAAAAGAACGUGGCCAAUCGUCAAUCAUCGCAACCAGUACCGCCACCGGUGGAACCAAAGCCUUCGUAUUUUUACGAAACCUUUUCACGAAACGAUAGCACCACUAGCUCGACAAGCAGCUCGAUCGGAACGGGAAGUAACGUGAGCAGUGUCAACUUGAACGGCGGGGGCACCAGCACCACCACCGCCAUCAGCCGAUUGAGCCUUGGUCCGAAACCGGUCACGUUACUGCAACCGACAGUUCGCGGUUUUAAAUCGCUCGAUGAAGCCACGAUUAGCUCCGUGGCAGCACCAACGCGAUUGCGGCCAGUGUCAAUGGUCGACACGAAUGCCGCACGCAAGACGACUGUUCCGGUGACCAGCACCGAGAAUGAUCCAUCAUCAUCGGCACCCAAUUCGCUGCCCUUCUCGCAGAACACGCUGCGUCGUACUGGGCUGAAAGAGAAGAUCCUUGCCAAGGAGGAGAUGAUCGCGCCCGAGCCGGUCUCGAAGGGCACGAAAUUCAAUGGCAGUGGGCCGGCGCAGGAGCUGAGUGCAGCUGCUACUGCUGCUCCAUCAUCUGCACCUGUACCUACACCGAAGCGGCCAGUUUCCCUAGCAGGACCCAUUCCACCGCCACCGUCGGCCCCGUUUCCGCCGGUUGCCCUCAAACCAACGCAACCCGUGGUGCGUGGAGCGAUCGUUAAGAAAUCCCCCACAAGCCCGGUCAUCGAUCCACGGACGGCACUGCUCGAUGCUAUCCGAGGCUUCAACAAGGACUCGCUUCGGAAGUAGUAGAAACCGCGUCUGAGUUGGUUAAUUAGGAGAGCAAUCUAGGAGUAGGCAAAUGGGACCAAAGGUGUUGUUGGAAGAGGAAUGCCUCCGUUCGACACGCUUCUUUAUAUUAUCUCUUUCGUUUCCUCAUCCAGCCCUUAUUCUUAUGUAAUGCAUGCUGCCAAAUCUGUGGCCUGUAGUUCUAUUUUUUUCCUUUACCCCUUAUAUUAUUGCUUGUUAUAAUUUCUAAUCGCUACUGAUAUUCCACGCAAUCCAACACAUCCCAGCCGAACAGCUUUUUUCUACAUUUCACAGUCACUAGGUACUAGGGAGAACGAUGGCUUAGAAUAGCUGCGUUUGCUCUAUAGAAUUUAAAGGCCGUUUUAUGCUCGUUUUGCGUUUUUUUGUUGUUGUAUAAAAUGAACAAAACACCUUCGAUUAAUGUUUCACAUUCCGUGAGUCCUCACAUCUGGGAAGCUUUGUAAAGUCCGAGCAAAGAUAGAAGGGUGUUUAGUUAGGGAAUCUUUUUUCACACCACUCUCCCUCCCCCACAGCAAGUAUUUAGAUAGAAUAGUCUUGUAGUCUAAGGGCCAAAUUUUGUAAAUCGAAUUUUCUGUUUUACACCUCGGAUAGGGAAAAUGCAGGGAUUUAAUCUACUCUAAUCGUAGCUCAAUCGGGAACAUCUGAAGCAGUAUACACAGAGGUAUAACCGAAUAGCUGGUCUUUGCUGCAAAUCAAGAGAGAAGUCUGGUCUGGUCUGGUGCGAAUCAGAUCGUAAUUGCGAUCCGAACCGUGCGUGACUUUUGUCUUUUUCUUCUGUUUCUUUUGUUUUUAAGGCAAAUGUCUAAUACCAUUAAAUUAGCCAAGUAGUUGUUAAAAUGAAAUAAAGAAAAUCAUGUGGAUAUUAAAGUUAA